GCUUUUAAACUGACUGAGCAAGCUUUGAACUGAUUCUUCGCAUCAUGGCAGUGGGUGUCCUACUCCUGAUGCUAAUAGUAGGACUGGGGUUAACUUUAUCUGAAGAUUUUCUUGGGGAUAGCAUUAGUUUUAUUGAGCCACACAAGGACCCUGAUGGAAAUAUUAAGGUGGCCUUCCAUCACAGACAGAAUGGCAAAAACAACUGUGUUCAACCAUCAACAUUUACAUGUGAGGUGUGUGCAAGCGUCAUCAACAGUCUUGUCAUGCAAACAGACCAGGACAACACAGGCCGGGGCAGGUGGUGUCAGUCUGACAGACUUGUAUUGGCAAACGUCUUAUUGAAUGCUUCCCAUAUUUCACUGAGUAACACAGGUUGCUGCUGGGCAACAAACAAUGACAUGAAAACUAAUUGGACAGCCCAUGCACAUUUGGACCUUAGAACACGAUCGGACACUGAAGCCCUUAACAACUGUCCCGUAACUACUACAGUGUCAUCACUAAGGGUGCCCCAGAACUGUUUUUCAAAUAUUCAUCUUUUAGCAUAUGAUCCAGAUGGAGAUCAUGUGAAGUGUCACUUGACAGCAGAUACGGCAGUUCAUAACAUUUCUCUAAAUGAGAAUACUUGCACACUAGAAAAGACAGGGCAUGUCAGGGAUGGUGUCUACGUAUUUGAAAUAAUGCUUAUGGAUUUCCCCACACAAAGAAUCAGUUUGUCCUAUGCAAAUGGAACAUCGACAUACUGGGAGAAGGCAGAUGAAAACGCAUCACCUCUUUGCAAGCUAAAACUGCAGUUCUUACUAGAAAUCCUCCCAUCACUGCCAAAUUGUGAACUUGGUCAUGUGCAACCCAAGUUCUUGGACCCAACACCCAAACAUGGUUAUGUGUUUCAUGCCACAGUUGGUGACAAACUGAUUCUUUAUGCCAAAGCACAGGCCUAUCGUGCAACUAUAAAUGGCUUUCAGGUCAGUGGCCCCCACAACAUGAAAAAAGAGUUCAGUGAUGAUGAAUAUGGAAAAGCUGAGCUGACCUUAACCUGGACACCACAGUAUAGUGAUGAGUACAGAGUUUCGCCAAUCUGCUUCACUGCAGAAACAAAUGAAUGCCAAUCAGAGAUGAGGUGUGUUGUUGUCAUGGUGAGCAAGCCAAAGUCCUUCAAUGACUUUUCUCACAGCAAGGAUGAGGCAUCGACAUCAUUCACGCCCACGGGUAAAACAGUUGUGACAUGCACAGCCAACCAAAUGAUGGUUGCUAUUGAGAGAUCGACAUUGCCUGGUGUGGAUGUGAACUCUCUCUCUUUGAACGACCCGUCAUGCUUGGUCACUUAUAAUGCCACUCACAUCAUUGGCUCAGUGUUGUUCAGCAACUGUGGCACAACAAUUGAGGAUAAAGAAAACUAUAUUUUUUUCAAGAAUCAGAUCCAAGCCGUACAUGAUCCAUUGAAAAUUGUAAUCCGAAGAAAGGCGGUGAAGAUUUGGUUCUCUUGCCAGUUCCCCAAAAGAGCCAGCAUCUCCUCAAAUUAUAAUGUUGAAAAGUCGGAUUAUAUUUUCAGCGACUCCAGAUUCGACAGUUUUAGCUAUUCAUUUGAUGUUUAUACAGAUGGCAACUUCACAAAUCAGGUGCAGCCUACUGCUUAUCCAGUACAGGUCGAGUUUCUUCAAAACAUUUAUUUGGGCCUUAAGGCAGAAACAGAACUAGCAAAUGUAAGUUUGUUCCUGGACUCAUGUACAGCCACGCCGGAUAACCGCCCUGACAAUGAUGACCUCUAUGACCUCAUCAAGGACGGGUGUGUUAAGGAUCAGUCAUUAAGAGUCACAAUGGUUGAUAAUUUGUCAUACCACUUGGAUUUUCAAGCUUUCAGAUUUGACGGCGACCAUGAUCAGGUCUACAUCACCUGCAAGGUCCUCAUGUGCGACGUGAACGAUCCCCUCUCCAGAUGUGCCAUGGGUUGUCUGAACGAGCAGUUUCGCAGGCGCAGAAGAGCAGUGGGCAUGCAGACCUCCACCCAGUCCCUGACUCAGGGUCCUUUUCAGUUUGUCAGUAAGGCAGUUCCCAGUGGAACUGUACACCACGAUAACAGUGAGAUGAAGAAAGCUGAGAUUAUUCAAGUGGAUGUGAGAAAGAAUGACGACAUGGACUAUGUAGAUAAUAUGAAAAAGAGUGAUGCUCCUAUGCCAGUUUCUGGCGGGACCAAAUUAUGCAGAGUAUGGAUGGAAAUCAAGGAGAUGCUCAGCACCAACAUCAGCACUCUGGUACUUGGUAGUGCGUACUUGUCUGUGGUAGUGUCGGCUGUGGUGGUUGCCUAUUACAUAGAAAAGCGCAAUAGAGAGGACCAGAAGCUUCUUCUGGUUUCUUAAUGUACUAACUAACCAACCUUUUAAAUUGAUACAAAUCUUUAUAAGUGGGCUAUAACUCAAAUCAUGUGCCUCUAUUUUUAAUAGAUCCUGUUGCUUAACUUUAUGCCUGCUUUGUAUUUAAAAAAAAAAGCCAAAUGAAGAAAAUGUAAAUAUAGAGCACAGUGAAAGGAUUUAAAGAGUUCAUUUGAUUAUUUCUGUGUGGAAAAGAAAGAUGUCAAACGUCAUACAUCAGCAACUUAAUUCUGCUUGCUUACUGCUGCCAAAUAUGUUGGAGAAGUCAAACGUCAAGUGUAUGCAUUAAAAAAAAAAAAAAGCAGAUGUAAAUUGUGGACACACCAUGUAAGAAUUAGGCAUGGCAAAAAGUGGAGCCUAAUGCAGUACUAAUGCCGAACAGAUGGUGGGGCACUGGUUAGCACGUCCGUCUCACAGUUCAGAGGUGCGGGUUUGAUUCCGGCUUUCCAUUGUGGAGUUUGCAUGUUCUCCCCAUGCCUACGUGGGUUUUCUCCGGGUGCUCUGGUUACCUCCCACAUUCCAAAAACAUGCAUAGGCUGAUUGACCACUCCAAAUUGCCCGUAGGUGUGAGUGAGGAUUGUUUUGUCUGUGUUCCCUGUGAUUGGCCGGCGACUAGUUCAGGGUGUACCCCGCCUACCGUCCAAAAGCCGCUGGGAUAGGCUCCAGUAGACCUGCGAUCCGAGUAUUCAGAAAAUUGAUUAUUUUUGUGUGUAAAAGAUGAAGCACUAAACAAAGCUGCAUGUGAACAUAAAUCAUCUUGACUGCAUACAGAUUAAAACUGACAAUGAUACA